AUGGCCGUUUUUAGUUUAUCAUCCGACAAUUACUUCAUCAGAUCAGCUGACAUGAAAAACGAUCCAGAUUUCUUCGUCUAUGAGUAUUUGCACGACCCAUAUGACAUGGCGAUUGUUCGACGAGAUGGUCUCAGCAACGAAUGGGGUCCCAGAGUUCGAGUUGGGCCUUCUACGCGAGCAAAGUUCGGCGCCCUCGAGGUUUUCGGCGUCACGAUCCAAGGGAAACUACAAUGGUCGGACCUGGCAAAUGACUUGAAGCUCCCGGGAGAUAAUAAUUAUGAUGGCGAAACAAUGUUUCGCCUAUUGGUGAAUCGUCGCGGGCUCUGUUUUUUGGAAGGGGUAAGGACCGAAUCCUUUACCGUAUUGAGGAUUAACGAUUGCUUCGGUUGGUCCAGAUAUGGCGUCAAAGUGCCUGAAUUCACCAGCGCAAAUGUGUGCAACAAAUGUGACAUGUACACAUUUGGAACCGUGGUGGACGUUCGAGGCGCUAUGCUCGCGGCGGAGGAAGCCACGGCUGAGGUGAAGGUGUUGCGGAAGGAGGUCGAGAAGGGGAAGUUGGAGCUGGCCGUGUGCAGGAAGGAGUUGGAGUGCACAAAGGAGAUGGUGGAAAAGAGCGACGCGAUCGAGUCGUUGUUCAAUAAGUUGGUCGACGAGAAGGAGAGGGAGGUGGAGGAAGUGAAGAAUCAACUGGUUGCUUUCAAGGCUGCCCUCGCGUCCUUGGUCUCGAGCAAAGAGUAG